UCUUAGCUACCUCUGAUGGGACAAGGCAGGGACUGGACAGCAUGAGAGGAGGAGUGUGUGUGACACGAGGGAUGAAGGUGAUUCUCAAAGUGGGACAGAGUGAGUAUCUUCAUCAGAUAUAUUGUCCUUCAAUUUGGUGUCAUAUCAGUCUUUCAAUAGUUAUCAUCCUCAUGUAAAUGAAUAUUCAUGGGGGUCGUCAAUAUUCUUGUAACUGCCAUAUGUCAAAUCAAAUCACAAUUUAUUUUUGAAGUGCAUUUGAAGGAUAAGUUCACUUUUUUGGAAGCAAAUCUGUAUUUCUGAUGUAAAUGGUAUGCCAUAGAAGUGUCCAGACACUUUUUUUGCGAUUUCACUUGGUUUUGAGAAACUUACCCCACCAGCAAUAUAUUUCCUCAUGCUCGUUCUGCAGUUGCAGGGUCACAGAUAAAACAUGAAGAAAAGUGCACAAAAAAAACGUCCUUUUGAAACAGCAACGCUCUCAGGGUCUUUAGAUGUUGUACACAUGAAAUUAUGUCAUUCCGAACUUAAUCCACAACGUUAUAUUCAGUUUUGUUGGACUCAAGCGAUAUUUUCUGUGUGCGCUUUCUGAGUCCCAACAAAAUGGAAUACAACAUUGUUAUAUACAGAUUUGGUUAGAGAAAAGUGAAUUGUCCUUUAACAAAAGCCUAAAUUCUCAAUACACUUUACAGAAAAUAUAAUUCAUAAAAAUGUAAUGUUGUUCACAACCCUAAACCAACUGUGUGAUUUCCCAUAGCUGCUUAUGGCCUCCCACCCAAACCCAAACCAGACCCAAACCGCUUCAACCCCAAAGGUAAGUCAGUCUACAGUACAGUACUCCAGAGGAGGGAGAGGAAACUCACUUCACUGGUGUAAUGAUACAGUAUUAUUAAGUCUUUGAUCCUGACCCCUCUCCCCUUACAGGGAAUGGGACGACACCCAAGGCAGGUGGCGAGGGCGAGGGGAACAACGGGAACAACCCUCCACCCUCCUCUAGCGUGGCGGUGAUCGCUGGAGCAGUAGGAGGCGGAGCCUUUCUCCUCAUCGUGACCGCAGUCAUCUGUGUGGUGUGUUACCGCUGGCGACAGAACAAGCACUCUGAGACUCACCACCCCACCCUGACCCUGACCACCCUCACCCCCAAGAGGGGCAGCACCAGCGGGGCCGGCUGUACCGCUGGAGGCAACAACGGCUCAGAGCCCAGUGACAUCAUCAUCCCGCUGCGGACUUCAGACUCGGCCUACUGCCCGCACUAUGAGAAGGUGAGCGGGGACUACGGCCACCCCGUCUAUAUCGUCCAGGAGAUGCCCCCCCAGAGCCCAGCCAACAUCUACUACAAAGUAUGAGGGAGGGACAGCCACACAGCCCGGCUGACAUAGACAUACAGGUGUACCAACACAUAGACUGCUGUUUUCAAUGUAGAAAUACAACUGUCCCUCUAGCUCCCUCCCUCCACUCCCUCACUCGCCCCACCUCCCUCUCUAUGGCUGACUGUCUGGGAUGGCUGCCCUCACCCUCCUGUCCCAUGGACUGUGCUGUACAGUGCUCUGACACUGUGAAUGAAUGGAUGGAUUGAUGGAUGGAUGGAUGGAUGGAUGGAUGGAUGGAUGGAUGGAUGGAUGGAUGGAUGGAGGGAGGGAGGGGUGGUUGUGUCUGGGUGGGGGUAUUGAUCUGUUCCCUGCUGUGAACCCUAUGAUGGAGGCCAUGAGUAUUGACAUGUGGGCCAUUAAACUGACUGACUCACUAUGGCAGCGACUCAGUCCCCACCUCUCACUCAAAGUGAGAACACUGGAUAUGAAAUGUCAAACCUUUUCAAAGUGUUAGUGUGUGUAUGUGUGUGUGUCUGUAUGUGUGUGUAUGUGUGUGCCUACGAGUAACCUGUAUGUCUGCUUGUGUGUGGUGCGUAAAACCAAAACCACAAGAGCGACUAUCAAAGCAAGAUUCUGAUUUCUACCCACUGUCAUCAUUUACAGAUUAUAUAAAAUAAUUAUUUCAGAACUCAUUUGUAGAUUUUUUAUAUUUCCAUUCAGAUUUCUGUUAGACACAGUUGUUCUCUUUAUGCAUUGUACUGUAUGUUCUCUGUUUUAGAGUCUAGAUGAGAUCUAGGUACUGUUGUUUAUUUCUGUUUUUGUGUUUGAAGGACCUUCUCUUCCUUUAUCCCAUUCUCUCACUCACUCUACAAUGCCUUAGCAUUGAAAUAGUUCACUUUUCUGUAUAGAAAGUUUCACAGAGGAAGGAGGAUAGUACAUCAGUACAAAGAGGUGUACACAAUAAGAAGCAGAGUAAGAAAAAUGACAAAGUAUUGGGAAAGUGUUUGAACAGAUGAAGCCACAAACACUGUGAUUCUCCCAUACUGUGCCUGCAGAUGCACAUCCACACAUAGCUACAGAACAGAAACCUUAACACACUGUAUUGUUCAUGUUGCUCCUCUAUGCCCGGUGAAAGUGUUUGUUUCUUUAGAGGUGAAUUAUCUGUUUGGUUUUGUUUCCCACACUGCACUGGUAACUGAUGACCUAUGGUUGGCUGGAGGAAAGGAGAGGAAUGCAGGAAGUAAAGAAGGUGAAAAGGUUGGAGGUCAUUGUUGAAAUGCCACAGGCGAUAGUCAACAUAUAUAGCACCAUGUUGAAGUCCACCUGUCAAUGUGAUUUAGAACAUCCUUUGUCUGCUGGACCCUUUCAACACAAUGUGCACAUAAUGACUGCUAUAGGGGAAACAUCUCUUUAAAUCUCUUUAAACAUAUCUGUGGCUUUAAAUCUCAGUCCUCAGGUCUCAGGACCACACCUCAUACACAGACAUAGAUGUAUUGUUUCAUAAAUGUUUUCAUACAAAGUAGCGGAUUCCUACUGUAGUUGUUCUUAUGUUGUAUGAUGGUUUCUAUGAUGUUGAGGUUCAUAGUCAGAGCAUUGAAGGUAGUGACAGAGUGAUGGGAAACAUCACAGAUCAGCUUCCGCUGGGUCUGAUAUCAUCUCUCUGCGACAUUUCUUAAUCACUCUGGGACAUUCUGGACCUCAUAUUGACAUCACAACCCUUCAAUAAUAUUGGACUCUGAUUGGACUACAAGCAACAGCACACUACCUGAGACAUGGGGGACAGACACCUCUGAUUAGAGAGGAACAGAUGGAUUUUUUGAUUGCUUGAAUAAUCAUGUCCUGUCCUUGUGUUCCUUUCAAGACAUUCUGCUUUCACUGUUUUCUCUACCAGGGACCAUCUGGACUCUGUGGACCACAGUGUAAUUCUGUGGUCCAUUCUACCAUAUUCUGUGUACCAUUUUCCAUAUAGUGUUUCACUGUCUUUCUCACCUGCUGUUUUCCACUCAGUUAUUUUGUGCCAAUAACCUCAUCCAGAGAAGGAGGGGCCCUGCUUCUCACUUCAGAACUGAGGAGCGACAGAUCGGACGC